GAUGCGGACUGUAAAUUUGUAGAUGUAAUCGUGCAAAUCUCUUUAACACAACUAAAGAGAGAAAUGUAUUCCAGAACUUGGAGAACCAUGUGAAACUGGAGCAAAUGAAAUUCGAAUCGAAGGUUCGGAAUGUCGAAACACAUGGUAUUGUAAACUGGAGAAAGUUGCUUCUAAACAUAAUAGAAAAUGUGAAACAGUAACUGUACAAUGAAACGAGAAAUCUCGGCUUAACGAGACUGAGUUCUUUUGUUGGACAAAAAGAGGGAUAGGUGAAUCGUGUCACCAAAACGUAGAUUGUUAUAUUGUUGGUAUCGAUACCAAGUUAUUUUGCGAUGCAAGGAAGUUAUGCUCCUGCCCAACUCAUGCAACUAAUAACAAGACAACUUGGAUGAAAGAUAUAAUUGAUCUUAGAGAUAUUUGUGAAGCAGAUAACGAUUGUAGAAAACGGAUCAAGAAUGCAAAAUGUAUAGGUCUCAAUUCCAGUUGCAUUUCCAAUGCUAGUUGUGUACCAAAAGAUUCAAUAUGCAAAUCGAAUGAUUUCAUUUAUAAGGAACAGUACAUUGCUAAAUCAGUCGACACGUGUGUUCAAGCCCUUUCGUAUGGAAAACCUUGUGAUAAAAAUAUUCAGUGUUCUGCUGUGACAUCAAACGCAGUUUGUUUACCUCAUCCAACUUCAAACUCGAGUUCCGUAUGCGUUUGUCCUAAAGGUUACCAUUACAAGUUCAAGAAAUGUUUCAAACGCAAAGUUCUUGGUAUGAACUGCGAGAAUCUCGGAGAAUGUUAUCUGAAUUCCGGGGUUGGAGCGUUCCGCAGGAACAAUCAGAGCGCAUGCGACUGGAAUUACAUUCAACGAAAUGACACUGUGUGCGACUUCAACAGUAGCAAUAUUACAACCAGUAUUAUAGGACUGAUCUCACUAUCACUCCUACUAACAAACAUGUUAAUUUAAUUCAAAGUUAAUAAACACGAUUAGUUACAAAUAUUGUGCCAAAAGUAUAAACAGUAAAUUAUCUUCUUUUGGAUUAAGUAUUUCAUAAAUAAUAUAAUAAAAUACUACGAAGCUGUGUAUUUAUA